AGAUACAAAUAAAAGUGACUUUGACAGUUUGUGACAGAUGUAAUGUAAUAUUUUUAUUUUGCAUUGCAUUGUGAGGAAUAAAAUUUUAAUCAGUUGGUUGAUUGGUCGCUUGUGGGCGCUACAGGUGUCGUGUAUGGAUCCGUAAUUGUUAUUAAUUAAAAAACUCGACACUUCGGCGUUAGUUUGAAUCAAGGAAUUACCACUUUUGAUCGUAAACAUGGACAUCCUCAUGGAUCAGCUUAAGAGUGGCUUAAAGACCUUGAUUUUAAUGAUGAUUGAGGAUUGGAAAAUGAUUCUGUGCCUUACUAUUUUAUGUAGCUUGUAUUUUUAUUAUACAAGCACUUUUGAUUUCUUCGAAAAGCGUGGUAUUCCGUACAGGAAACCUGUUAUAUUUGUGGGUAACUUAGGACCUAGAUUGAGAGGCAAACAAUCAUUUCACGAAUUCCAAUUGGAGACGUAUAAAUAUUUUAAAGGAAAUCGCUUUGGCGGAAUAUUUGAGGGAAGAAGACCACUGUUGACAAUUCUUGAUCCUGAUUUAAUCAAAGCAAUAACAAUCAGGGACUUUGAUCACUUCACUGACAGGAUGGCUAUGAAUGCCAAGGAGCCAAAGUUUUGGAGCCGUUCUCUUUUGAAUUUAAAGGGCUCAGAAUGGAAAGCAGUCAGAAGUACAUUGACACCUGUCUUCAGUUCAUCACGUCUGAGACAUAUGCUGCCGCUCAUUGAAAUGUGUUCGAAACAAAUGGUAGAGUUUCUGAAUCAAUAUGAUAAGAAGGAUGUAGAGAUGAAGCAAACAAUAGGCCACUUUACGUUAGAAGUAAUUGGGGCAUGUGCAUUCGGUAUUAAAUGCGACGCCAUGUCUGAUGAGAAUGCACACUUCUUCAAAGUAGCAGAGAAGUUUGACUACAUGCCAAUGCACAAGAGAAUAAUGCUGUACUUUAUCUUAAUAUUCGUGCCUCAGCUAAUAAGAUACCUCAACUUUUCGUUCCUGAAUUUGGACUCUUCAAAGGAGUUGGUGAGAAUAUUGAACGUUGCUAAGGACGAGCGACAGAAAUCUGGCGUCAAGAAAAACGAUUUUCUUCAAAUACUUGUCGAUUUCUCCGAAAACGAAAAGUCUGAAUCUGAGAAGACUAAAUCUACUGUUCAUUUAGAUGACGCCACUGUAGACGCUCAGCUACUUUUAUUCCUUAUAGCUGGGUAUGAGACCUCCAGUACUUUACUUUCCUUCGCUAUAUACGUACUGGCUACUAAACCUGACAUACAAGACAAGCUAAGGUCCCAUAUAAUUGAUAUGACAGAGGGAAAAGAAGUGGACUACGACCUCCUUGCGAAAUUGCAAUAUUUAGACGGAUUUUUGUUGGAAACAUUACGCAUGUAUCCUCCUGUAUCUCGCGUGGACAGGGUGUGCACAAAACCGUACAAUCUUCCUGGAACGAACAUUGUCAUUAAACCUGGCGAAGUGGUGGCUAUACCUCUCUAUGGUAUUCAAAUGGACCCUGAACACUACCCAGAACCGAAAGAAUUCCAACCAGAAAGAUUCUUGAAUGAAAACAAGACUGAGAGAGGUUCACAUUUGUAUAUGGCGUUUGGUGUCGGCCCUAGAAAUUGUAUAGGCCUGAGAUUCGCGAUGUUAUCAGCGAAACUAGCGAUGGUUGACCUCGUGAAGAAGUUUAGAUUCUCAAAAUGUGAAAAGACGGAGGACCCAAUACAAUUUGACAGGAGGUCACUUCUGUUGAAGGCGCGAGGCGGCUUAUGGGUUCACGUAGAAGCCAUAUAAAUAAGUUACUCCAUGAGUAUUUUGUUAUACAUAAUAAUUUUAUAUACAUAUUACUCAUUGAAAAAGAAAUUAAUUUAUAUUUUAUAUUUAUUGUACAAUAUUAUAGUACAAAGUAAUUAUGUUGCAUUUAGAAAAAAAAAUGUUAUUGACAAGCUUGGCAAUACAAAAUAAUAUCUAUAUAGAGUUAAAACAUAAAUAAUUUAUAUACACUUAUCAAGUAAAAAGGUACCUUAUGAAAACUACAGUAUUUAUUAGUUUUUAAUAAAAUUUUAUUGAUUAAAUGUAAUGUACAUUUCAUCACAAAAUAAGAGCCAUAUUUUAUUUUACUUUAGGAGUAAUAGAUUUGCUUUCACCUAGUAAUAUUUUAUUUUAUGAUUCCUUACAUUUGGUUCAUAACUUUCGUUAUAAAUUUAUACUUUUUGCUUAUGUAACUGUUUGACGAGAAUCUCUACUAGUUUCGAAAAAUUUUAGAGACUCAUAUUCAUGAGCAGAUCGACAGUUACGUGAGUAAGCCAAAAAACAUAAUAAUGAAUUCCUCACAUUAAUUCAAAUAAGAGUGUUUUUUCCUAUCUAAGAGGCAAUAUGCUCCUUUGCUUUAAUUUCUAACUAUUUCUUUUGGGUUAUGAUGAUUUCGUAAAUGCUGCUAUAAAAAACCCAAUAGAAUCCUUGUAAAUAGGAUCUACCUUCCUAAGUUCACUGUCUUCUGGUCCAAAUCUCUGUACCAUUAAUCUGAAAAAGUACACCAUAGAUGAGUAUAACAUUGUAGUGUGAUAAUUUAAUUCCAAUAAGUGAGAGAUAAUAUAAAAUGUUUUGUUCAAUUUUACGAAAAUAUUAUUUAAAAAAUACAAAGAUUCUUGCCAAUAUUGUAAGCGUUUAUUUAUUUAUGUUUUAAAAAUAAAUGUUUUAUUUAACCAA